GAUGAGUUCGACAUGGCCAAGUUGCAGAAGAGUCUGAAGCAACGCCAGCGAAAUUCCAUUCGGAACAAGAACCAUGUCGCCAAGUUGACCCCCGCUGAGAUUCGAUCUUUGAACAACAGUGCUGUUGCUUCUAUAACAAGCAGCCAUACCAGUUCGAAAGGCACCUCUCCAUCUACCUCACGGCGCGGUACCACAACCACCCCUCCAGCAAGUCCCGAUGAUGCUAAUCCCUUGGAUCGCCGCACUGACUCCAUUUCACGCAAUUCCGUCUCGAGAAAGUCAAUAACCAAUGUACCAACGCCUCCUCUCACACCUAAUGAUCGCCGUCAUUCAUCAUCGUCAAGUAAAGGCCACAUGCACCAUCAUGGCCACGCAAAUGGGAUCAUCUACGCACCCCGCCCUCGGGGACAUGUUCAACCUACAUUCAUGGCUUCAAACGGAAUCUCUUCGCGACCUUCCAGUUCCGGUUCGUCGACGUAUCGAGGACUGCCUACCUAUCGAGGUCCAGAAGUCACCCGAACUGGUUCUAUGAACAUGCUCCAACGUCCAUCACCCACGAUUGUCGCAAACCCCUUGUCGAAUUUUUCACGACCGAGGCAAAGCAUGUUUAGCUCCUCACCAGAGAGAUGUCGUCAUGAUUCUCAAGAUAUGCCAUAUGAGCGUACCCACAGCUUUCAGAACAGCCGCGCCAAUUCCCUACCGAAUGUCAGCGCACCAUCAUCUAGGCCUGCAAGCCCGCCUAGAGUCAGCGACUCACCUGUAUCCAUGUUGGCCGAUGACACAGAGAGAUUCCCAGCCUUUGAUCCCGAUGAUCCACACAAUCAACCGAAGGAUCUCUCCGAGGAUGAAGAAAUCCAAGCUCGGGACAUGACGCAACAGUUCAACACUGACCAGUCUUCAAAUCAACCGGUAGAACGGCCAGCCUCGCCAGUUUCCAAGCCUCGUGAAGUCGAGCAGGCAGAAUCGCCAAAGAAAGACAAGGGUAAAAAAUUCACGAUUGGGACUGCUUUUUUUGGAGGAGAUAAAUCUUCAUUGGGUGAGAACACGGACAAGGCUGCUGCCAAGCUCAAGAAAACAAGGAGACGGACUUUGUCUUUCACCAAGGGCGGUGAAGUUGAGCAAACUCCUUCAAAUCCAGACGAAGGACACGCUGUGGAUGGAGGCGCAUUGGAGAAUGAUGACUACUCUACGCACCCUGCUAUUCGACCUCUAUCUCUCGAAAUCCCGUCCGAAGAUAAAGGCAAAGGAAAAGAAAUCCAAUCUGCGCCUGUCUACGCGAGAUGUGCUUGUUGCGGCAAGAUCAAGAAACCUUCAGCCUUUACCAAUGAGCUUAGCCCCGUGCUGGAGAACGAGAAUCUGAGAACUAAUUUCAGCUUUGAAAUCGACAGAACAUCUGAUUCGACGGGGAGGAGAAGCUCCGACGCGAGUCGCGGAAAAUUCAUACCCAUCAUCCCCAUGGCGGUGAGCGCGACCGAAACCCGUCAGGCCUCGAUCGAGCCCUACACGAACCCAACCAUGAGUAGUCCUGUCAAGAACAGCCCCAAGAACAACAAUCAAAAGUCAUCCUUGACAACGAGCCCUCGCAACCGCCAGAAGUAUCUCGAUCCGCCGAAAUUCGUCCGAUUCGCCAGCCUACAUGGCCGCCGGAAUACGGACCCCACUAUCAUCGCCGAGGAGGAUGAAUACAGUGAU